CUGCCUAAUGGACUCACCCUGGAAGUCCCCAUUACGAUUGACUCAGGGAGCAACGCAGACUUCGUGGGGAUGCAGUUCAUCAAGCAGCAUCGCAUAGCGCUACUACCAGCCACGCUGCCUCUGAAUGUGGUCACCGUAGAUGGCAGGAAGUUGCUGGGUGGGCAAGUGGUACAACAGACGCCACCCAUGCUGCUGAAAAUUGGGAAUCAUCGCGAGGUCAUCAGUUUCAAUGUCACCCAACUGUCAGACACGCCCAUAGUGUUAGGCAUGAGUUGGCUGGACAGACACAGCCCAUCAUUGGCGUGGUACCAGCGGCAGCUCACCUUUGGCCUCGUCCUACUGCGCACAACAUUGCAUCCAGAUCGGCCAGGAGGAGGAGGGCCAGGAGGAAGGGCAACAGUUGCAUCUAGGCAUGGUGCAG